AUGGCCUCUGCAACUACCAUGAAAGCGCUGAACUACAAAGGGCCGUAUGAGGUCCGGGUUGAGGAGGUUGACAUGCCGAAGAUUGAACACCCAGAUGAUAUUAUUGUCAAGGUUACCACAGCCGCCAUUUGUGGCUCGGACUUGCACAUGUACGAGGGACGAACGGCGGCGGAACCAGGAAUUACCUUUGGUCAUGAGAACAUGGGUAUCGUCGAGGAGCUCGGUGAAGGUGUGACAUUGCUGAAGAAGGGUGAUCGCGUCGUGAUGCCAUUCAAUGUUGCCGACGGUCGCUGUCGCAACUGUGAGGAGGGCAAAACCGCAUUCUGUACUGGCGUCAACCCAGGAUUUGCGGGCGGUGCUUAUGGCUACGUCGCUAUGGGGCCAUACCGCGGAGGCCAAGCGCAAUACAUUCGCAUUCCUUACGCCGACUUCAAUGCUCUGAUAUUGCCUCCUGGAAAGGAGCAUGAGGCGGAUUUCAUUCUUCUUGCUGACAUCUUCCCCACUGGUUGGCACGGUGUCGAAAUCUCAGGCUUUCAAUCGGGUGAAAGCAUUGCUGUCUUUGGUGCUGGCCCAGUCGGUCUGAUGGCUGCUUACUCUGCUGCCCUUCGUGGAGGAUCAAACAUCUACGUUGUGGAUCGAGUUCCCGAGCGCCUCGAGGCUGCCAAGAAAAUCGGAUGCAUUCCCAUCGACUUCACAAAGAGUGACGCCGUGGACCAAAUUAUUGCUCACAACGGAGGAAUGGUUGACCGGUCGGUGGAUGCGGUUGGAUACCAGGCAGUUGACCCUAACGGAUCCUCUGAGAGGCCCAAUAUUGUUCUUGAGAAUAUGAUUCGUGUGACUCGGGCGUGUGGAGGAAUGGGAAUUCCUGGUCUUUAUGUUCCAAGUGACCCCGGCGCAUCUGAUGCUGCUUCUGCCAACGGAAUGAUCAGUUUGAGCUUUGGAAAAUUGUUCGAGAAGGGUUUGUCACUCGGCACUGGCCAGUGCAAUGUCAAGUCAUACAACCGGUACCUGCGCGACAUGAUCGUUGCUGGCAAGGCGAAACCCAGCUUCGUUAUUUCUCACGAGAUUGGACUAGCUGAUGCCGAAACUGCCUACCACAAGUUUGACAAAAGAGAAGAUGGAUAUACAAAGGUUCUCAUUCAUCCCAAUGGUGAUUUUUGA